UAGAUGAGAGAAAUCCUAUCGGGUCGUUUAUUUGAAGUAAUAAUAGGGCGACAAGCUUCCUACAUUCAAUGAUGGUAUUUUCUUGGGACGAGACCCUAGAUCUGUGCAAAGCCUUGCCGAUGUUUUUCCUGGUGCCUUUUUGUAUGGUGGCUGUGCUGUCUAGCGGCGUGGAAUCGUCGUAUGAAUUCGAUGUGUUUCGCAUGUAUCAAUACGAACUCCACGGACAAUCUUAUGGUUGCCACGGCAGCCAAGUCAAUAUGGAGGCACGCACAUCGUCUGCCCAGCAGCUGCAUCGACGCUGCGUUGUGUCUCACUUAAACAAUCUGUCUAUUGAGUCGUUCCGUGAUCUCAUCGACCGCGGAGCUGGCUCCAUCCUUGUCAUUGUGCCACCGAAGUCAAGCUGGGAUGGGUCAGCAGCCAAGGAAUGGCUGGAGCUUGAGCAACAUCUGCUCACCGAGACGGUCUCAGUGCCUGUGUACUUUGCAUGGGAGACGCCGGAGUUGCUUGCUCUCCACGGUGACUUGGUGAGCGCAGCCAAUGGCGACAAGUCUGCUACGGCACUAGACAGUAUGCUGAGUGUAUUUUCAGGGCGUGGAUAUCAGAUGGUAGCUAGUGCUCGAGAAUCCAAACCUAUCAAGGAUGCUGUCAUCACAACGUUGGUUGGGAAGUUGUCAGGUCGCUCUGAUGGCCAGCAGCAAUCACCCCUACCUACGCUAGCAGUUGUGGCUCACUAUGAUGCUCAUUCUGUGUCACCGCACUUAUCAUUCGGGGGUGAUUCAAAUGGAAGUGGAGUAGUUGCAUUGUUAGAACUGGCCCGUCUUUUCUCUAGGUUAUAUGCGGACAAGAAGACCAAAGCCAACUUUGACCUGUUGUUUGUAUUGACUGGUGGAUCUAAACUGGAUUACCAGGGCACUAAGCAGUGGAUUGACAGUGUCAGUGAGUCAGAUGAGAACCCACUGUCCAAUGUCCACUAUGUGCUAUGCCUGGACAGCCUGGGCAAUGGCGAUGGUAUUGUUAUUCAUGUGUCCAGACCACCCAAGGAAGGCACACCCGCCCAUGCUGUUGUGUCGUCUCUACGAGAGGUUGCAUCUAGUGUUGGCAUUAACUUCACAAUGGUACACAAGAAAAUUAACUUGGCAGACGAUAGGUCGGCGUGGGAGCAUGAACGAUUCUCAAUCAAGCGUAUUCCUGCUGCUACGCUCUCUUGGUAUCCCAGCUUUGCUGCAGCAAAAGCUAGAAACACCAUUUAUGAUCAGCGGUCAAAUGUUGAUAGCGACAUCGUAAGUCGUAACAUUCAUUUCCUGGCCGAAGGCGUAGCUCAUUAUAUCUUCAACAUGUCUACCAAGUCACUCGGUUCUAGCUUUAGCCUGUUCAACAGUAGUUCGCAUCUUCACAAGCCCUUAGUAUCAUCAUGGCUGGACCAUUUCGCCACUGUUGCCCGCUCCCAACAGCUGCUGGGACGCGACCAUUCACUCAUCUCCACACUGGAACAGGAGCUAUCUCAAUCCUGCCACGUGACACGGCACGUCACCAAGGCUGACAAAAGGGACCCAGACUUUGUUUUCUAUGAUGCUGCCAAGGCAACCAUGAUUGCACACAGCAUCAAGCCAGGAAUAUUCGACCUGGUGUUGGCACUCAUUGUUGCUGUUUAUCUGUUGGCUGUGUUUGGAGUAGUUCAGGUGUUUCCAAGCAUCACUGCCCGUGUCUCGCAGAUGCUUCACAAGUCAAAACUGGCUUAGACCCCGAGCUCUGAGGAUGUGAACUUGAGUGCGCUAUUUCAGUUCCGUCUUGCUUCCAAGUCGCAUGGCAAUUGCAAUUGCAAGGUAGAUUCGCAAGUGUGUGAACCCAGUGCAUCACUCUAUCAAGUGUUCAUAGUGGGGUUGUGGUGGCAGCAGUAGUAGUGUGUGCCUGUCUGUGCCCUGAACAACCCCCGGUUAAGCUACUCUGCGACUGCACCUAGGUGUGCAGCCUGAUGCCUGCUGCUGCUCUCCAGUGCCUGGCAAACAGACAGUGGCAGUUGUGACAUUGGCUAGUCACCUAUGCCUGUCUUCGUACUGUCGGUCGACAUGCUUAUCUUGUCAGCAUUAACAACAUCCAUUUUUACAUGAUCCCUGCUUGGUGGAUCAUUUCUUGUCAUUUGCCACUGGGUCCCGUGUUGCACGCAACACAGCAAUGCAAUCAGCCGUGAAAACCAGUUUCACGCAUUUAGUUUCCGAGUCCGCAUAAUCUGCUCUCAAUCUGCUCUCUCUCUCUCUCUCUCUCUCUCUCUCUCUCUCUCUCUCUCUCUCUCUCUCUCUCUCUCUCUCUCUCCCUCCCUCUCUCUCUCUCUCUCUCUCUCUCUCUCUCUCUCUCUCUCUCUCUCUCUCUCUCUCUCUCUCUCUCUCUCUCUCUCUCUCUCUCUCUCUCUCUCUCUCCCCCCCCCUCCAUUCACGUAUUACAUGUAUAUGUGUCAGUCUGUUUGCAGGUGCAUGUGCGUGUAUGUGUGUGCGUGUCUGUGUCAGUGUCUAUGUAUAUGUCUGUUGGUAUUUCAUUACAUGCAAACCCUUCCGCAAGUUCUCUGGCUGCUGCUGUACGUGUGGGCAGUGCACAUCACUCGAUCCAGUUAGAUUUUAUUGGCCUUAUUCUUAGAACGUUUUUUUCUUUUUCGUUUUGUCUCAUUCCGGCCUUGCAGCAACCUCCAUUCCUGGUGCUUUAUUCUGUAGAUUUCAUUGCCCCUAUCACCUGUCAUAUUUAGUAUGGUGGUGUCGAAGGGAAAUCCAA